AUGGAUAGUAACCGCGGUGACGAGCACUCGUCGCAUGAAUCUGGCAGAGAAACUUCAGAAAUGCAAAAAGGUGCAAAUCCGGAUCUUAAUCUUCCAACAACUUCCAGGCCAAUGGGCGAAAUGGCUGCAGAAGUCACAGAUCUUCGACGUGAAAAUUUCGAUUUGAAACUACGAAUAUUUUUUCUCGAACAAAAUCAAUGGCAAGAUGUAGACACAUCAUCGGCGAGUCGAACUGAGCAUCAGCACCAUCACCAAUCCCAAAUCGAUUCGAAUCCGACUGGUACUAGUCAAGCCAUAUCGUCAAGUCGGUAUGUUUGCGUUUAG